AUGUGGUCGGUCCACGAGCCGAACGGAUGUCCUCUUCAUAAAUGUGUCAGACUAGAGAACACGUAUAUGAUGUCCACCAAGUGUGAUGCACUUCAGAAAGCAUUAUGCGAGAGAGGACCGAGCAUAAUCCCUUCUGAUCUGGCAACCACGACAAAAGAUGUCAUGACCUUCAUUUCAUCUACUACUGCGCAACUGUCUACCAAUCCGACUUCAACAGAAGAAACCGCUUCAACAGAGGGUACCACUUCAACAGAGGGUUCCACUUCAACAGAGGGUACCACUUCAGCAGAAGAUACCACUUCAACAGAGGGAACCACUUCAACAGAGGGUACCACUUCAACAGAAGAUAUCACUUCAACAGAGGGUACCACUUCAACAGAAGAUACCACUUCAACAGAAGAUAUCACUUCAACAGAGGGUACCACUUCAACAGAAGAUACCACUUCAACAGAAGAUACCACUUCAACAGAAGAUACCACUUCAACAGAAGAUACCACGACUGCAAUUUCCUUUACCACUACGACGAUGUCUACUUAUCCUACUUCAACAGAAUAUACCACUACUACCAUUACAUCUACAAAUACGGCACUGUCUGCAAGUCCUACUUCAACAGAAUCAGCAGAUGUCAAAUCAACAGUUUCGUCUUCGACCUCCGACGUAGGAGUUGAUGAGUCGACCUCAAUGGCAACCACUACUGCUCUCGUUCAUGGUGUAAGUCAUAACGUAUGUGAUCAAUGGUGCUUUCAGAAAAACCAGACACGACAUCUAGACCAAAACGAACUUGAUGAGAUCAAGCGCGUACUAUCGGUUCAGUUGGCGGUAAACAAAACCAACCUGUCCACUCAUAAGCGAAAGCUUAUCAGUGUGUAUGACGCGCAGCCCAGCAGUGUAGCCAUGGGCGGUGUGGCUUGUGCCAUUUUGGCCUUAGUUGUCGGAGUGAUCGUCGUGCCCGACAUACUCACCCUUCGAAGGUUUGUGCACAAACGCAAAGAAUUGGUCGUAUAA